AUGGAGAAAUCAUCGUCACUGAAGCAAUCGUCCCUCCUGCAGUCGCUCUCGCAGUCUCUCAUCUCUACGUUGGAAUGGGAGGCCCUGGUCGAAGAUUUCCAAUCCGGCGACCCUUCGCGGCAGUUCCAGUGGCUAUCCCAGCAUCCCACCCCCCUUUCCCUCCUAGAUCUUGCCCUUGCCUCGCUUCUCCGUCGGGACUUCCCCCUCAAGCCCCUCGUCAUCCUCUUUCUCGAGGAAUUCGGUCACCUCCUUGUUAGGUCUCCUCCGGAAGAUGCCGCGCACGCCCUAUCGGCUCUCGCAGAGGCUCUUCGGAUCGUCGUGCAGUCGCCUGCAGAUUCUGCCCCGACGGCGUACGCCCUGAAGGAGCAGAUGAUGGUGGCUGUCACCUCAAUCGCGAUCACAAUCGACGGCCUCGACUACGCGCCUCGCCAGCUCGAGGCCGUGGUGGAGGUUCUCCUCGCUGUAGUCAACCGCCCCAAUCAUAGCCCCGAUCGGCAAACUAGGGCUAUCGCCUGCGACUGUCUGAGAGAGCUGGAGAAGGCCUACCCCUGUCUGCUCUCGGAGAUCGUCGGCCACCUGUGGAAUCUCUGCCAAAGCGAGAGGACUCACGCCGCCCAAAGCUACAUUCUUCUCCUCACCACGGUAGUGCACAACAUCGUGCAGCAUUGUAUGCCCCCCCCUACGACGGGGAUCCUGUCCACCUCGGUUCAGUUGGUGCCAUUCAAUGUCCCCGUGUAUUUGAAUUCCGUGGCAAGGAACAAUCAGGACCUCUCGGACGACAAUCUAAGGGACAUAAGAAGGGUGAUGUCAUUUCUUCUUGAGAGGCCUCUGAUUCUGACCCCGCUGGCCAUUGCCGAGAUGGUCUUUAUGCUUACUCGUGUUGUGAAAGCAUUGGAAGCUCAGAUGUCGGGGGCCGCAGCGCUACUGAAGGUGCAGUUCUCUGGCCUGCUUUACUCGUACGAUCCAAUGCUAUGCCAUGUCGUUCUCAUGCUGUAUUCGCAUUUCUCAGAUGCAUUUUCCGGUGACGAGCGAGAAAUCGCUCGCCGCCUCACCCUUUUACCCAAGGAGGCCCAACAGCCUUUGGUCUACCGGCUCCUUGCCCUCCACUGGCUGUUGGGUAUAGCCUCUCGUCCGCCUGAUAAGAAGAAUCUUCUGAUUUCCUUGGCUCCCAGCUUUUAUCCCUCUUUGUUUGAUCCUCUGGCGCUGAAAGCUGCAAAACUAGAUGUGCUCGCUCUCAUAGCAGUACUCCUUGAUUCUUCGAGUGGAAAGAAUGAUAAGGGUAAGGACGAGGAGGGGAAGAAGGCCGACGAAAUUGCAUUUUCUCCGAUGAAACUCUUCCAGGCCUGCCUUGUCUGUGUCUCAGCAUUCAGAUGGUUACCUCCCUGGAGCACAGAGACACUGGUGGUCUUCCGCACUCUCCACAAGUUUCUUACUGGCGCAGUGUCUCGUCCUGAUUCGGAUGAUUCCACAGUUCUUCAUCUCAUGGAGUCCACCAAUUUCUGUAGUCUCCAGGUGCACUCAUCACCAAUGCUCUAGGCUACAUUCUUUCUUGGUUGAAUUAUGGGUUGUUCCUGAAGAAGCUUGGAAUUCGUUGCAGAGUACCCUGGUCGAUAUGGUUGUGGAGCACCCUGGAUUGGUCCCAGUGGUGGCAGCAUUUGUCGACCGCUUGAAGAGCUCCAGGAUCCACAGGCUCCUGGGUGAGCGUCUGCUUCAGACAUUUGAUGAGUCCUUGCUCCCAAAGCUCGAAAUGGACUUGAGGAUAUCAGUCUAUUUCUCGAUUCUUGAGAGGAUCGCCGAGAAUGACAAGAUACCUCCACGUCGUCUUCUGCAAUUCCUGCUCAAGUUCAUGGUGUUCCUCGUAGACAAGCACGGACCAGAUUCGGGGUUGAGAUUAUGGUCAAAGGGAAGCAAAGUCUUGCGGAUUUGCCGCACAGUGAUGAUGAACCACCACAGCUCUAGAAUAUUCAAUGUUCUUUCUCAUCUCUUGUCGUUCACUUCUCAGUGCUAUCCUGACUUGGAGGUCCGCGAUAGUGCAAGGUAAUUAUCAGACGAUCAUUCGAUGGAAUCAAUCAUAUGAAUUAUCAUGCUUUUUUAUUUGAAUGUUUUGUGAUUCUACAGGAUCUACCUGCGGAUGCUUGUCUGCAUUCCCGGGAAGAAGCUGAGGCACGUACUUAACCCUGGGGAGCAGCUUACGGGAGUUACACCCUCUCCGCAUCCUGGUUUCUUCUACCAGGCGCCCACUCCGAGCUCGUCGUGGAAGAAGACACUCAGUGCUUCCUCUUGCAUCCAUCUCGAGAGGGCAAUCCCAUUGCUCUUGAAGCAGUCAUGGUCUCUCACAAUUCCUAAUCUGGACGCCAAAGUCAACGGGCCCAGUUCUCUGGAAGUGAUCAGAGAUGCUCCUCCCAUCCCGGACCCCACUGAGGAGGCCGAAGAGAAUCUCGCAAGAAUCAGCUUGACCCAAGAACCACUGCGCAUGGUUGACUCGAAGGUUGCUGAGAUCUUAGACAUCUUGCGGCGGCAUUUCGGUUCCAUUCCUGACUUCCGCCACAUGAAGGGCCUGAAGAUCGAGAUCCCCUGCAGCCUGAGAUUUGACGCCGGCGUUCUCGCCUCAGGUGAAAGAGCGGGGCCACCUGCUCUGUAUGCUGUUGUCCUCACCUUCUCAUCCACAGCUAAGUAUGGUCCGAUCCCUCCAUGUCGUGUCCCCUUCCUCCUCGGAGAAUCUCCUGCAAAUCCUCGAGCUAUGGUCCUCGUGGAGAAGCCUUCCGACCCGAGAACCAGAAGAAGCUCUGUGGUGGUGGAACUGGAGCCUCGAGAGCCCAUGCCGGGCCUCAUCGACGUCACUGUCCAAGCCAAUGCAGAGGACGGCCAGCUCAUCUCCGGUCGGUUGGAGAGCAUCCCGGUGGGCAUUGAGGACAUGUUCCUGAAGGCUCCUCUUCCCGCCGGCGUUUCACUGGCGGCAGCUCCUCGGUACUACUCCGAUCUCUUCAACGCCCUCUGGGAAGCCUGUUCCAGCUCUUCCAACACAGCACGGGAGACCUUCCCCUUGAAAGGUGCCAGAGGAGUCGCCGCCGUCAACGGGACUGGCUCCGUCAAGCUUCUCGACACCGCUGCUGCCUCUCUGAUUGCCACCGUUGAGUGUCACCUGGCUCCGUUCGUUGUCGGCUUCACCGGCGCCUCCCUUGCUGAUGCCCUGAAGUCAGGCGGCGGAGCCCUCGCUGACGCCUUCUGGCAGGAUGAUCACGACGGCGGCAGCGGCGGCAGCGGCGGCAGCGGCGGCAGCGGCGGCAGCGGCGGCAGCGCUGUCCCUGUUCUUCAGCUGGGGUAUCUUGCGGAUGAAGACGAUGCAGACACAGCAGCAGAGAGGUUCCAAGAGGCCGAUUUGGGGUCUCUCCUGGUUCUGAUCUUCCUCCCGCCACGGUUCCACCUGCUCUUCAAGAUGGAGGUCUCCGAGCCUUCAACGCUAGUCCGAAUUAGGACCGACCACUGGCCCUGCCUUGCCUACAUCGACGAGUUUCUAGAAUCGUUGUUCUUGGGCAUAUAG